AUGGCCCAAAUUCUCGGAAAGAAAGUUGGCCCUAUUGGCCUCGGCCUCAUGGGUAAGCUCAUAGAUUCGAAAGGUCCGUGAUACAGAGUACUAACUUGCUUGAUGAAGGCUUCAGCUGGCGCCCGGAUCCCAUCCCCGUUGAGAAGGCAAUCGAGACUCUCAAAGCGGCCUUUGAUAACGGUGCCACAGUUUGGAACGGCGCCGAGUUUUACGGCACUCCCGAAUACAACAGUAUGACGAUUCUCAAUCGCUACUUCACGCAGUACCCGGAGCACGCCGACAAGGUCACCCUUAUCAUCAAGGGCGCCGUAGACCCCGUAACUAUCCGACCAGAUGGCAGUCCAGAGGGUAUCAGGAGAUCUGUGGAUAAUAUUCUAAAGCAACUUGGUGGAAAGAAGAAGCUGGAUUCUUUUGGAAUUGGCAGGCGAGACCACAGUUCCUCCUUUGAAACCACCCUGCGAGUACUAGAAGACGAGUAUGUCGAUACUGGCAAGAUCGGAGGUGUUUCGCUUUCAGAGUGCAGCGCCGCGACGAUCGAGGAAGCGGCCAAGAUCAUCGACGUGGCCGCAGUCGAGGUCGAGCUCAGCAUGUUCACGCCUGA